AUGGGCUCAACUGGAGCAUCCGCCACCUAUCAUGCAUAUGGUGAUCUCAUUCGCACGCCAUCCAUUCAUCCUCUUAUCAGGAGCUGUUCCAUCAAGCAGAACAACUUGUGCAACAAGAGAAGUCGACCAAUCUCUGACAAGGACUUCGACGAUGAAAAAAGUGGUGGGUCCCUAGUACGAUUUGAUCUAUCAAUAGGGUGCAACAAAGUGUGA